CGAACGCACGGUCACCCAUCGCUCCCUCCCCCCUCCCCCAUCGCCGCAGGCCUUCUCCCCCUUUUCUUCACCAUGCUCGCCAUCGUCUCCCGUGCCACCGCCGGCCACGCCGCCCGCCGCGCGGCCGCCAUCGCCCCGGCUGCCCGCCGCACUUUCUUCUCCACCUCCUCGGCCAACACCUCCGGGGAGAAGCCCGCGGACGAGGCCGCCGCCGCUGGUGGCGCCGCCGCCGCCGCCGCCGCCGCUGAGCCCGGCGCCGAGGGUGCCGCCGCCGAGGGCGCCGUCGCCGAUCACCCGAGCGUUGCCGUCAUUUCCGGCCUGGAGACCCGCGUCAACGAGCUCCAGACCCAGAACAAGGAGCUGGAGGACAAGUUCCUCCGCGCCCUUGCCGAGACUGAGCAUGUCCGCCAGCUCGGCCGCCGUGAGGUCGACAAGCAGAAGCUCUUCGCCAUCCAGGGCUUCUCCAAGGACCUCCUCGAGACCGUUGACGUCCUCGAGCUGGCCCUCGCUUCGGUUCCCGAGGCCGAGCGCACCAGCGACGACAACCCCCACCUGAAGAACCUCUACGAGGGCCUCUCCAUGGCCGACAAGGAGCUCCGCAAGGUCUUCGCCAAGUAUGGCCUCGUCCAGCACGACCCGAUGGGCCAGCCGUUCGACGCCAACAUCCACGAUGCCCUCUUCGAGAUGGACCACCCCGAGUGGGCCCCUGGCACCGUGGCCUACGUCCAGCGCAAGGGCUUCACCCUGCAUGACCGUCCCAUCCGCCCGGCCCAGGUCGGUGUCGUCCGCCGCGCCCCCGAGUAA